GAUGUCAUGUUUGGGAAGCUGAUCGCCUACGACGGAACCUCUGAAGACGACAAAAUGAGUUGUCAGAUAAUAAUCUUAGAGGCCGAAUAUAAGAACAUCACUCUUACGCUCGUGGGUAAAAAUGCAGCGGGUGACAAAGUAAGGUAUGCGGGAAGAGGCGCUUCUUCUUCAGUCGACGGAGUCUUUCAGCUGAAAAAAGUUGACACACAACCUCCCAAACCUGCCAUCCCUCCCAUACCGUCUUUGGUCUUGGGGUCAUCGUCAACGGGCUCAACAAGCGUCUACUUCGCGUACGUCUCGCCUACGGAGAUCGUCAUCAGGACCUGCCGUGGAGUGUUUUGGAACUCACUCCAUUCGCUGUACGUUUUCAGCAGUCAGCCGGAUGCACUAGGAACGUUAAACUUAACGUGCUUGCUGAACACCGUGAAGUCUCAGCCCAACAACGGCGGCUUCAACAUUAAGCCAACCAAUUUCACCACCGACUGCAACUUGGGUCCAAUUUGAUCAACUGCUUCACGUGGUGAGCUGCCAGUUACCGUUACCGCAGCCAAUACUGUGCAGGAGAUUACUUUUUCAAUGAACUGUCAACAAGUGGCGAAGAUAAAUUGUUUUAUUUAACCGAAAAUGAAAAGUUUAAAACAGGUAACAUAAUCAGUUAUCCUCCAACUAUUAAACAUUUGUAAUUCAAUAAAUUAUUGUGGAUUAUAUACCUUGCAAUGGAUAACAACUUCCUAGUAAAUUUUACCCCGCGACAUAACAUAAGUUAACUAAAAUAGAGAAGUUAAUGGUUGAUAUAAUUUGAAUGCUAGGCCGCUUCCAAAUUUUCGAGCGGACCGAUGUAAGGGAGUCACCUGAUUUGAGAA